GUCGUGUGUUUUAUUCGUUGUUUAAUUUUGUGCCAACCGGAGUUCGACCUCGGACUUGCGUCGUUCCGGAGUUCCAGCGCAACAAGAGAAGAAUUUCGUGACGUGGGGAACUUCCGUUUCCGCUGACCCCUGCCAGCCCCGCAAGAAUCGAGGUGGUCGUCGUGGCUAACUGUGAAGUUCUGAAGUGCCCUCAAAACUGGUGGAAGAGCGGAGUGCCUCUUCUGGAGAAGAAGUGUGAAGGAAUUUCCCCCCCAUUGAAAGACAGCUGCUGUGGCCACAACAUUGGGCCAGCCUCCAACCAAAAGCAGCACCUCCAGAAGAGAGGGGCCUGCGCAAUAAUUGUUGUUAUUGUUGUUUAAAAAACAAGACAAGCCUUGAGUGUGUGUUUACUAUUGGCCAGUCCGUGUGGCACUCUGGAACCGAGUUCGGUUUGUUCUUAUCAGCGUAUUCGGUGGGAAUCCACUCUUCUCUGAAUGUCGUGCUAUUUUUGGCCAAGCCAACCAAAGUGUGUGAUUUCCUGGAAAAGUUAAAAGUUGCAAAGUUUGUCCAGUUUUUUUUUUCGUUUAUGCAAAAUAAAAUCGUUAUACUCUUGUUAGUGUUAAAAGUGAGCCCAAUUGGAGAAAACCUGGACGCCGUAGAACCAACGUCGCCGCCGCCCGCUUCCAAGAUGUCCCAAGAAACGGCGGUCAAACAGUUCAUCGACCUGAUCAACAGCUCCAGCGGCAGCGACCCGAACCGGAAGGCGGUCACGCCGGCCAUCGCGACCAAGUUCCUGCUCGCGCGCAAGUUCGACAUUCCCCGGGCGGUGGCCCUGUACGAGCAGCACGAGCUGAUCCGGUCGCGCGAGGGCCUGUACGGGUUCGAUCCGCUCGUCGACCCGCUGCGCUCGGAGCUCGAGACGGGCAAGUUCACAAUACUGCCCGGCCGGGAUGCCAGCGGAGCUGCCAUCGCGCUGUUCACCGCUCAGCUGCACUAUCCGGACAUCGUCACACACAAAACCACGCUCCAGGGCGUGGUGUACCAGCUGGACGUGGCCCUGCAGAGUGCGGACACGCAGAAGGCCGGCCUGGUGUUCAUCUACGACAUGAGCACCUCCAAGUACUCCAACUUUGACUACGACCUGUCGCAGAAAAUACUCACCCUGUUGAAGGGCGGCUACCCGGCCCGGCUGAAGAAGGUCCUCAUCGUGACCGCCCCGUUAUGGUUUAAGGCGCCGUUCAAGAUCCUGCGGUUGUUUGUGCGCGAGAAGCUCCGCGAGCGCGUCUUCACCGUGUCGAUACCCCAGCUCAGUCUGCAUGUGCCCCGGGACUCGCUGCCGGUGCGAUUAGGCGGCACGCUGGAAAUCGAUCAUUCCUCAUGGUUGCUUCACUGCUACAAAUCCAUGACGAAUCGUGAGGACGAAAUAGUCGCCGGUCAGCAACAGACCCAGAACGGUACCUCCCAGGGAACGAUGGGAAGUGGCGGCACAACGACAGUUACCACGGCCAUCCUGGACCCACAUCUGGCCGGUGGCGGCAUCAUAACCGAUCUCUCCGCCGAUGGCAACAACCUGGACCACGACGGAUCGAUCCCCGGCGACGAUGACAUCUCGGACCUGGCGGCGGCGGCCGCUGGCCACCAUCACGGACAUCACCUGCACCACAACAGCACCACCACCGGCAGCAGUACGGGGGCGAGCCACCACGAGCUGUGGAGCGAAAAUCCACCGAGCAGUGCGUCGUCCGGCUUCAGCGACGACGACAGCCUGGCCGGGGCCGAGGGCGACCCCAAGACGAUAGAGCAGAUCGUGCAGAUGGUGCGCGAGCGGGGCAAGCAGGGCCUGAUACGGGAGUACGCGGAAAUUAAGGCGCGCGCCCCGGACGGGAGCUUCACGCACGCAAAAACCCGCAACAACCUGGCCAAGAACCGGUACACGGACGUGCUGUGCUACGACCACAGCCGGGUCGUGCUGUCCCAGGAGGACGAGGACCCGACGUCCGACUACAUCAACGCGAACUUUGUCGACGGGUACAAGCAGAAGAACGCGUACAUCUCGACGCAGGGCCCGCUGCCGAAGACGUCGUACGACUUUUGGCGGAUGGUCUGGGAGCAGCACUGCCUGGUGAUAGUAAUGACGACCCGGGUGAUGGAGCGCGGUCGGGUCAAGUGCGGCCAGUACUGGGAGCCGACGGAGGGUGCGCUGGCCGAGUACGGCUGCUACCAGGUGCGGACGAUGACGGUAGAGGCGAACGAGGACUACACCGUGGCCGAGAUGGAACUGAAGAAUACUAAGACUGAUGAGGUGCGUUGCGUGUCCCACUGGCAGUUUACCAGUUGGCCGGACUACGGCGUCCCGGCGUCGGCCCGGGCCAUGCUGAACUUCCUGCAGCGUGCCCGCGAGAAGCAGGCCGAGAUGGUGCGGUCGCUGGGCGAUCUGUGGGCGGGUCAUCCGCGCGGGCCGCCAAUCGUGGUGCACUGCAGCGCCGGGAUCGGCCGAACGGGGACGUUCAUCACGCUGGACAUUUGCAUAUCGCGGCUCGAGGACGUCGGGACGGCCGACAUCAAGGGCACGGUCGAGAAGAUUCGCUCGCAGCGGGCGUACUCGAUCCAGAUGCCCGAUCAGUACGUGUUCUGCCACCUGGCGCUGAUCGAGUACGCGCUGACCCGCGGGCUGCUCCAGUCGGCGGACCUGUCCGGGUUCGACGAUCGGGACGAUGACUCCGAGUAGAGCGGCGGCAAUCCAGCGAUUGCCUGCUGCGAGGUUGUAGAAUAGGCUAUGUGCGGUUUUGUUGCGCGGUUCUUUUUCUGUUUUCGUGUAGACUUUAGGGUGAGAUUGAGGAGCCUGAGUGCGGGAUGCGUGGGAUGUCUGAGAGUGUGCGCGGUUGCAAACAUUUCAAAGAACAUAAAUAUUUUAAAAAUCUUUACACAAUGAUAGUGAGAGAUGCAAACUAUUUUAAAUUUCUAUAGAUACAUUGUUUAGGUACCAUACAUCAUUACAAAUAAAACAAAUAUCAUGCUAGAUUUUGGUUAACUACUCUCAACCCUUUCUCGACAUCCCAAUUUGAACUGCUUGCGCGUCUCGAGCCCCCACCCUUUGUUUCUCUCGAUUUUCCCGCAGAGAAGUUGUGUAAAUAUUGUUCAGUUAGCAGAUCCUUACGCGAGCAGAUUCCUUAAGCUGCUAAACGAAACUCAAAUCCAAACACACACGCACCUACACUAGUAAGACGAAAAAUUCCAAUGCUUAUGAUUCGCUGUCCUGUCCAGGCUUCCGCCAAGGAGCAGCCGGAACCGGUGUGAAAACGAGGAGAUUUCAAUUACCGCUAGUAUCACCACAAACUCAUUCACACACACACACGUGCGCGCUCUUUCCCGUGAUGAGACUAGAAAGUCAUUGCUUAGUAACUACAUAUAUAUUUUUGCAAAACCGAAAUGGGAGCAUCAAAAAGUUAGAAACGGAACACGAAAAGAGGGAACUUUGCCAACCGAAAAAAAAAACAAAACAGUCCAGUGAAAUGUGAGAUAGAGAGGGGAAAAGGGUUAGGAAAACGGAGAAAAGAACACUAAAACAAAGAGAAGGAUCAUUUAUUUUGUCUAUUUAUUUUUAGAAACUUAGUAGUUCCGAAAUCAGAUAGUUAAAGUACCAUACACUAGUGAAAACAACAACAACGUGAAACAAUAAUCGUCUCAAAACGCAACCAUUAAUAGUGCGAGCAAAAUGAAAGCGCUGAAAAGAAGCAGAACGAUAGAAAAUCUGUAUUUUGCCAUUUCAAAGUUGUCGCAGAAGAGCCAGUCUGCACACAAACACACAAUACUUUUACCAUCCUUUUACGAUACAAAUACAUGAAAGUAAAGUAAAUGCAACAUAUUUAAAAGUAUCAAAUGAAGCAGAUAAUUUUUAGUAAACUAUUAAAUAACAAGGAUCAAAAAACCAAGUAACUGAUAUUAAGAAAAGUAUAAAUCUAACAAAAGAAACAAAAAAUAUAUUAAUUCAAUGGCAAAGGAGAAAACAAAAUAAGCAUAAACGUUUAAACAAAAAAAAAAACGGUCGAAACGGUCAGCUUGACCCGCGCGGCAGUCACGGCGCACCCGAGCUGGGGGACGCAACCUUUUGGAGCUAAAUUCACUACAGCAGAUAACUUAAGGAUUGCAGAAGACGAAGAAGAAAAAAAACACUCACUCCUACACGACACAAACACCCCCACAACUUGAUCAUCAUCAAAUUGAUCUAUAGUUAAGCGCUGUUUAUUUAUUGGACGACGAGAAGGGAUCGCAACAAGUCAACAAAGGCGGUGAAAAAAACAGCAGUGAAAAAACGGGGUUCGCCCCCUGUUGUCAUCGGCGGCGCGAAACCAUCAUGCAAAGAGUAAUAAUCACUAAAGGAAGAUGAUUGAAAAAAGUGAUGUGAGAAAAACGAAAUAUAAUCAAUUUAAAAAGA